AUGCGCGGUGCGUCCUCUGUGCGCUCUACUGUUUGCAUUGUGUCUGAACUGAACUGCCGGCUGAGCUUUAAAAAUAUUAAACCCACCGCGGCAAUGUCGGGCAGGUCGGUCCGAGCGGAGACCCGGAGCAGGGCGAAAGAUGACAUCAAGAGGGUCAUGGCCGCUAUUGAGAAAGUACGAAAAUGGUCCGGGAGAGAAGGAGGCUCGGUUGACGACUCCAGAGAGACAGCUCCUCUCCCGGGAAUGAUGGACAUGCACGAUGAUAACAGCAACCAGAGCUCCAUCGCCGACUCGUCUCCGGUUAAACAGGAAAACAGUUGUAGCACCAGCCCCGCCCCCGAGCCCACCGCCACGUCUCACCGCGAGAGCAGCGAGGCCAAGACUGACCAGAGCCCGGACAGCAAGAGGGGUAAGACCACCCCGUCAUCAGAGACCUCAGAGAGAGCACAAAGUGCCAAGAGAGACAGUCUGUCCUCAGGAGACAAGGACUCUUCAGACAGCAAAGCCACUCAGGACCUAGAGGAGGAGGCCCCGCCCAGCAAGAAGAGCAAAGUGGAGUCCUCGUCUCAGGACUUUGAGGAGAGUUAAAUGUUUGGGGCUGAGUCAUUCCUCUCCUCCUCUCCUCCUCCCUCCCUCUGCACCUCCCUCCGUUAACUCUAGAUAAUUUAGGGCUAAUGGAUGCACCGGCUCUCCUCUCACCACCCCACCUCCCCUCCUCCAGACCAAAGGGAGAAUGGACGUCUCUCUUCCUCCUCUUCCUCCUCCUCCUCCUCCUCCUCACACUCCUCUGCCACAGAGGGAGAAUGGAUAUUACCUCUAUUCACUGGUCCCCUCCGUGCUUCCUUCCAGUUUCUCCACUUUUUCACUAAUGCCAAGAGAAGCUCUGAACCGCCGGGGGCCGCGGUCCCCCUCCGUGACCAGGGGGGCGCCGCCACCGUCACCCGAGCCCCACCCCCACCCCCAGCCACCGCCAGGCCAGACGACAAACACUGACCUGCAUCUGUGACUAGAAAGAGUUAACACUGGGGAUCUGAGAUUAGGACGAGGUUGACUCCGGGCGCCGCUCUGAGACCCGUUUUUCUGCUCCCGGUUCAGCUCAGGAUGAGGCUGACCUGGUCUCAGAUCGGCGGCGGCGGCGGCUGAACCUCCACCCUAAGACCACGUCACGUCAAUCCUCCCGAUUCGCCUCCUGUUAGACUAAUGUUCUAUAUUUGUUUAGGAAACGUUUAGGGUUUUUUUCUCAGGAGGGUCAAUGCACUGUUAUGGUAUGUCACAAUCGAUCACAGAUAGAUUUGCUGCUGUAGUGGAAGUCUUUUUUCUCUAUCCAUGAAAAGUUCUCCAGUCAUAUUUUUGUUUUUUGAGUUAGUUUGUGGUUUGUAGAAGAUGAAGAAGAAGAAGAAGAAGGUACUGGUUAAGAUAAACUCUCGGAUAAGUAGUGAGGACAGGUAGCGUAGAUCCUGAAGGUGUGCCUUGAGUUGCUACGAUUAAAUUUUAGGUCAAGCAGGUUUUGAAUUUUGGUGCCAUGUUUUGUUUUGUUUUGUUUUUUUGCCUUAUAAUCAUCACUAAUUAGCAUGAUCCAAUAUUUAUUCAACUACAACACUUUUUAUUUGAAGGGAUAGUUCAACAUUUUGGGAAAUAUUCAGAACAAAGGGAAACUGCUUACCUGUUUUUUUGGGGUAUUUUUUGCAAAUUAACCCCAUAAAGAGUUUUUUUUUUGUCAGCCAGCCCAGAAGGUAGCAUCGCCUGGUUCCUGUGAUAAAAAGCCUGUGGGAUUUUUCCAUCGGAUUUUGGAUUAUUCAUUAUUUAGGGGAAAGACCUUUUGUAUUUCACAUGUUUUUUUUCUUAAAAAUGAACUGGUUGCAUAAAGGUUCACUUGUGUCGGGCUAGUGCAAGCCAAAUUAACUGCAACUCCCUUUGUUUUUUUUGUUCUUUUUCACUUCUUGAGGGAAAAAACGAAACUUUUUGUGCAGAUUAAACAAACAACAUAACGUGUUCAUUAGUUUAACCCCUUACAUCCUGGAUCAACAUGGCUUUUCUUACGCUGCGUUCAGAUGCCUUCACGAGUAUUUAAACCGUCGAAAUCUGAGUAAUUUGGUUUGCAAUCUUUUGAAAACAUUAAGGAAAAAGGGCAAAUAGCAAAAUGUGCUGUAAAUUUCAAUAAAUUUGUAGAUUUAGAAGAUUAUUUUAAAAAAAAGCUUGGGAAAAAUGUCAUGAGAACUAUAUUUAUAAUCAUGACAAUUAGAUUUUAAAAUUAUCUUAUAGGAUCAUUAUUUUAAGCAGCUUUUUUCCAGGUCUUUUUUUUUUAUAUAUUUUACUUCUUUUUUUUUUUAAAUUUCCAGUAAUUUUCUUGUAUUUUCUAAUAGUCUCUUGCAGUUUUUUUCUUCUUUCUUUGCCUUCUUCGUGUGUUUUUGAAGUUAAGUUCCUCAGGUUUAUAACUGUUAAAGGUGCUGAUUGGCUGAUAUUUUCCCCCUUUGAACAGAACCAGGCUGACUGUUUCCUUUUUUCCAGUUUUUAUGCUGAGCUAACCAUCUCCUGGCUGCUGUAGCUUCAUUUUUACUGCACUGACAUGAAAAGUUUUUUUCCCAAAAUGUGGAACUACUCCUUUAAAACGGUUUGAGACUGGAAUUUGAACACUACCCAGAAGGACUUACUUUUCUGGUUAUUUAACAUCUGCAAACCUCAUCAUUCAGAGUUCCCGGCCGCUGGUGUGUUUGUGCUUCAGCUGGAGUUUUUUUCCUUCACUCUGACGUAGAAACAGACCAGUUACUGGGACUGGUUUCCCACCAUCAUGACUGGUAUUCAAUCACGUCUCACCUCUGUUCAUGUUCUGCGUGUCACUACUUAUCUCUGACAGAAGGGUCCGGUGUUUUUAGCUCGAGCGUUGGUUCUGAUCCCCCUAAAGGUGCUGUCUAUCGGCUGAAUCUAUACACGUGUGGCAUCAAGCAAGCUCUCGGUUUUUGUGCAGAUUUGUGCAAUUUACUUGAACUUUAUAUAUAUAUUUAGUGCGGAUUCAGACCUGUGACCUCUAAUGUACAACCUCACACACGUUCAGAUUCAGUUUCAUCAACAUUUACUCGCAGAUACAGAUUGAAAUCAAUUGAAUCACUGCAAACCAAUGACUUCAUGACGUAACAGGGGCUAUAAGAAGUACUUUUACGACGCAGAAUUACUUGAUCCGAUUUCAGCAAAUCAGCAUUCACAUGGAUGGAGAGAAAAGAAAUUUUUUAAAUUGUCUCAGUUUAGAGGAUGGAUUAGCAUAUACCUCAUUCCCAGUCCAGCAGCGCUGGAACUUAAAAUGCUAUUGUAUUGACAUUAACAGUUAUAAACAGCAUUAUGUACACUCAGUUUUAAAAAAAUCUCACUUAUGUUGUAGCUUUCACCUGAUUGAGCCGAUUGCUUAUAGUUUGCUCAUAACUGUGUGUUUAAAACAAAAAAAGAGCUGUGAGAUAUAAAAUCUUGUAUGUUUUUUUUUUCUUGGGACCAUUUUGUUUCACUUUAGAUCUUGUACAGAUUUAUGGUUUGGUUUGACUUAUUUAUUCCAUCAGUAGUGCUUGGUUUUUAUCAUGUCCAAUGGUUUGUUUUCUUAAUAAAAUUCACAAAAAGA